UAGGUAAGUUCAGCUGGAUGCCGAUAGGGGUAAAGCAACACGUAGAGCUAGAGCCUAGAGCCUGUCUGUGCUGUCAAUGUCAGUAGUCAGUAUAUUCAGUAGGUCAGCAGUCUUGUUCGCAAUAUUAUGCGUGCCGGUGAACGUCAUUCAUUGUAAUGCUAAUCGUAUUCAAGCAAUGUCUCACCACAUGCAGCUCGUGCUACUCGGCGUAUUCUUGCUCCUGAUCGCGCCCUUCGAGACCGACAGCUUUUCUUACGAGAAUCUGCCCGCGGUCGCGAUGGAUUACAAGGUGCACAUCGACGCCGGCAAGGAGGAUUGCUACUCUCAAUAUGUGAACCCGGGUGCAACUUUCUACGUCAGUUUCCAGGUCUUGCGUGGUGGAGAUGGAAAAGCUGGUUUUGCAGUGAGAAAUCCAGAGGGAAACAUAGUUUAUCCUUAUCAAUGGCGUCCCAAUGGCGAUUAUCAAGAUCAAUCAAUAAACGGUGGUUACUAUAGUGUAUGCAUUGAUAAUCAGUUUUCAAGAUUUGCUGCGAAACUAGUAAACUUGUAUAUCACAGUGAUUAGGUAUGAUCAAUGGCAGCAAUAUACACAGGAACUGGAAGAACUGAAUCUUUCUGUCGAGAAUUUUACGAAUGCAAUUGUGCAUGUGGAAAAGAACAUUAACGAAAUGCUGCAAACUCAACAUUGGAGCAGAAGCAGAGAGGAGAGAGACUUGAAUCUGCUAUUGGACAAUAACUCUUAUGUGCAGACGUGGUCAAUCGCGCAAGUGCUCGUCAUCACAGUGACGACUAUGAUACAAGUGUAUUUCGUUAGGAAGUUAUUUGACAUAAAACCAUCUGGAUAUUCUAAGACACGCAUUUAACAUUAGUGAAUAACUGCCAGUCGUUAACUCGAUAAGAGCAUUGUCCACUACUAUUGUGAUAAGACUAUUGUAUCAACUGAUUAAGCUCAUAUGUCAUAUAAAAAUCCAUAGAUAACAGCGUAAAUAUGCAUAUAAAUCUUUUGAGUUUAGUGAAUACAAUGCAUAUUUCAUUGUUUGAUAAAAUUAUAUGUCAUUUUGAUGUUGUUAUAUAUAUUUAUAUGAAAUUACUUUUGGAGAUUAUCUGUAGAGAUGACAGAGAUACAAAAAAUUCGUUACAUACAGAAAUUUAUUAAUGAGUGGACAAAUUUAAGAAAUCUUGUAAGAUGGAGAUAUAUAUUUAGACUUAUAUAUAUUAGUCUGUAACAAAUGAAAACAUGAAUUCUCAAUUAGCAAAAACGUAACAAAAUAUUAACACCGAUGAGAUUUUGCAUAUAUGCAAUAAUUUAUGCACAUAAUUUUUCUAUCAAAUUUACCACAUAAUACUUUCAUUAAUCUUAAACACAUGCUAUUUUUGAUAAUUUUUAUAAUGAAUAUUCUAUGUCGACAUAUAUUUCCUUUUCUAUCUUUUUUUAUAUAUUGAUGUAUUUACAAGCCAAAGCGCUGCUUAUAUCAUAUAAGACUGUAACACAUUUUGCAUUUAUGCAAAACUAUAUGUUCUAUAUCCAUCUUUAAUUGAUUUUAACUCACUGUUCGUUUUUAAUUUCAGAUAUUCUUAUGUAUGAUCAUGAAGACAUUUAAGGAAUAUAUAAGAUUUAUAUAUUUAUAUUGUAUUUGUAUAAAAAAUAAUAAACAGACACAUAUACUUUUGUUACAA